UCAAAGAAGCUACUCACGAUGAAGUACUGGCACAAUGCGGACCUCAUUCAGAAAGCUUCGUCCUCUCCAUCUCGAACCCUCGUCCUCAAGACCGCCCUGUAUAUCACAUACAGUAUAGCGUCGGUAUCUGAGAGUCCCUUGUUGGUGCUGCUCGGCGCUGCUUGAAUAUCAUGCAAAGACGCCUCCUGUGGUUUCUUGCUGUCGUCUCGGUCGCAUCCUUGACGAUAUCAGGCUGUAUCAAUCAGCAGGUGAUAGCUCCCUGCCUUGAAAACCGGCAUUCUAUAAAUCACAAGAUCAAGGCAAAAUCCGAUCUCAUCGUGCAUUGCGACGUAGGGAGGAUGCAACAAUUAUCAAUUUCCCCUCGCUCAUGCUUCAUCCUAGCCAAACAGCAACCCUCCCUCACCAACUCUGCUCUACCGCAUCAAUGCCCUCAUACAUAUCCUCAAACCAUGCCCAAGCCGUUUAGAAGUACCCCGCAUCACCGAUCUCCUACCGCCCGAUGCCUCUGCAGUGGCAGUCUCGCUCGGUGCACGGCCCCCUAUCUUUGUAUCCCACAGGAUGGUCUUCUGGCUCGAGCGUUGUGCCCCUGUGCUCGCUUCUCCAUCGCAAUGUACUGUGGUUCUUUUAUUGUAUGUGCUAGAAUGUAUUGUACCUGAGGUGCGCCGUUCGGGGCCUCGGGCAGGGACCACCAUAGGCACUGCGUGAGCACGGCGUGACUCCGGACCUGGCGCGAAGCGUUGUCUUCUCAAUCAAUCGUCUUCCGAC